UGGUCUAUGUGACAUAUUAAUGUUUAUAUGGACAAGGAAUAGAGAAAAUCAAUAUUUUAAUAUUAAUAGUAAUGUUUAAAAAUACUUUCAAUUAAUAAAUGAAUAACAGCGCACAAUUACUCAUUCACAUAUAGAUAAUAAUCACCAGAGUGAUGAACAAAGUCUAGUCAUUUUAAAUAAUAAUUAAGAUGUCAGAAGAGAAGAAACUAACAAACGCUACCUCAGGUACAGACUCGCAUGAUGAUUCCCAUGAUGAAGAGAUCAAAGAUAUGAACAAAAUUAACUCACUCAAAUCAGAAUCGAAAGAGAUUGUAGCGCAUUAUACUAAAGUAAACGAUUCUCCGCCUGUAGAAAGAGUAAAGUUCGAGGGUUUAGAUGAUAAAGACAGCAUUUGCUCUGAUGAUUCUGAUGACGAAAAACCACCACCAAUCCCUGACGGUGGAUGGGGAUGGGUUGUGGUAGCUUCAGCAUUUCUUGUCUCAGCAUGCGCUGACGGCUUAGCAUUUUCAUUUGGACUGCUACAUGAAGAGUUUACACAAUAUUUUGAAACAACGCAAUCAAAAACAUCUUUGAUUGGCAGUCUUUUUAUUGCUACUCCACUAUUGGCAGGACCCGUAAUGAGUGCCUUAGUAGACAGGUAUGGAUGUAGAAUAAUGACUAUGAUCGCGGGAGUUAUGUCCACAAUUGGAUUCUUAUUAGCCGCCUUCAGCAAUUCAGUUGAAAUGUUAUGUUUAACAUUUGGCUUUAUAAGUGGACUAGCCAUGGGUAUAUUAUACGUUACAGCUGUAGUAUCAGUAGCAUUUUGGUUUGAUAAAAAGAGAAAUCUUGCGGUAUCUUUAGCUUCAUGCGGUAUCGGCUUUGGAACAUUAAUAUAUUCACCUAUGACGGCUUAUUUUCUUGAAGUUUAUGAUUGGAGGAAUACUAUUGUACUACUGGCUGGAACUUUGCUUAAUAUGUGCGUCUGCGGAGCCGUAAUGCGCAACCCCGAAUGGCUUGAAAUUAAACAAAAACGAGAACGUAGAUUAUCUAAAUCCAGAUCUAGAAGGUCAUCAAGUGCCGGAUCAAUUUCAUCAAAAUCUCUUGGAGGAGAAUCAGUUUAUCUAGAUGCUGAGGAACUAAAAAGUUUACUGUCAAGUGGAAAAAGUCCAGAAUAUAUUUUAGCAACUUUAGCUGAAACGAUUGCAGAAGCAGAAAAAUUAGAAACGACUACACAACUUAAUGCGGAACCAAUAUACAGAAGAAUGCAUUCCGCUAUUCAUCUGCCAACAUUUAUACAAGGAAGAGAAAAGGUACCACCAGAGGUUAUUGAAAAGUUAAUGGCAAACAAACAAUUAUAUAAUAUCAUAUUAGAAAACUAUCCAGAUCUAUUAGCACGAAGAAGAUCAGAAAUGAAUAUAAACGUCGACGCUCCUGCAGAAGAAAUAUCUAACGAAGCUCAAAAACUGCCUGUACAAAUUAAAAUAAAGGUGGAAAGCAAAAGUAAAACUGAAGUAAAUAAAGAGGAAAUAAAAACUGAUGGUGCUAAUGCAAAACCAAAAGAUAUUAGUAAAUCUAACGCGGCUGAAGAAUCACGACAUCAUCAUCAUCAUAAACAUAAAGAGAAAUCUCAACCUACUUCUCAUUCAACCAACUGGAUAGCCAGGCAGAUAUCAACUGAUCAUCACUACCUUAAAGAUAUGCCACUGUAUAGAAAUACUAUUAUGUACCGCGGAGCAAUGAUGAAUAUUCCAAGGUACAGAUUAAAAACAUCAUCAUUGCCGGAUAUUUACAGGAAUUCUAUGUGGUCGAUUGGUUCUGAAUCCGAUGAUGAAAUGAAAUGGUAUCACCGUCUUUGGGAGACCUUAAAAACCACUUUUGAUUUCCGGAUGUUCACGGAGUUCCACUUCCUCAUGUUCAACUUGUCUUCCCUGAUUCUAUCAGUGUGGUUUAUCGUGCCUUAUUUCUUCCUCAAGUCUUACAUGACCGCGAUGAAUAUAGAAGGCGGUCCUAUGAUGACUAGCAUCAUUGGUAUUGCCAGCAGUAUUGGAAUCGUGGGGCUUGGAUGGGCGGGAGAUCAACCCUGGGUUCACGUUAUCAAAACAUACGCUAUUUGUCUAACUAUUUGUGGCUUAUCUGUGGCCGCUUACCCCAUGUUCAUCACCAAUUAUUGGGCCCUGACUGUCAUAUCUGCUAUAUUUGGGCUCUCCUUCGCCAGCUCCUAUUCUUACACGCCAGCAAUAUUGAUGGAGUUGAUACCAAUUGAUCAGUUCACAAUCGCGUAUGGAUUGAUAUUGCUCAGUCAAGGUAUUGGACAUUUGGUUGGACCGCCGAUUGGAGGGUUGCUCUACGAUUUAACCGGUUCUUGGGACAUGACCUUCUACAUUGGGGGCCUAUGGAUCGUAAUUUCCGGUUUAUGUGUUGGGGUAAUCGCCUAUACGAAGAACGCUAGAAUGUGUGGCACCGCACCUUUGUUGAAGGAAAUCGAAGAGUCCGAGAAGAAUGGCAGCAGCAUAGACGUCUGAUUGUUAUA